GUUGGCGAGGAGGGAGGGUCCGGCGGGCGGCGAUGACGGUGUCGCAGCUGCGGGCCCUGAUGGAGCUGCGCGGGGCGGAGGGGGCGAAGGCGCUGGAGGAGCGCUUCGGGGGCCCGCUGGGCCUGUGCGCCCGGCUGAACUCGCACCCGGAGCGCGGGGCCGAGGACGACCCGGCCGGCCGGCGGGCGCGCUACGGGACCAACGAGCUGCCGCGGCCGCGCUCCAAGACCUUCUGCGAACUGCUGUGGGACGCCCUGCAGGACGUGACGCUCAUCUUCCUGGAGGUGGCGGCCGCCGUGUCCCUGCUGCUGGCCUUCUACGAGCCCCCGACGGGCGGCUCGGACCCCGACUGCCUGGGCCGGAGGCGCGGGGCCGGGCCCCGGGACCAGGAGGGCGACGAGGUCCGCUGGCUGGACGGGCUGGUCCUGCUGCUGUCCGUGGCCAUCGUGGUCCUGGUGACGGCCUUCAACGACUGGAGCAAGGAGCGGCAGUUCCGCGGGCUGGAGAGGCGCAUCGCCCGGGAGCAGCGCAUCGCCGUGGUGCGGGCCGGCCGGGUCACCCGGACGCCCGUCGCCGACCUCGUGGUGGGCGACGUGGUCCAGAUCGGCUACGGCGACAUGCUGCCCGUGGACGGCGUGCUGCUCCGGGGCCACGACGUCAAGGUGGACGAGAGCUCGCUCACCGGGGAGUCGGAGCUGGUGAGGAAGUCGCCCCGGAGGGACCCCAUGCUGCUGUCGGGCACCUUCGUCGUGGAGGGCUCCGGGAAGAUGCUGGUCACCGCCGUGGGCCUCAACUCCCAGACGGGCAUCAUCCUCACCCUGCUCACCUCCCACGCCCUGGAGGAGGGCGAGGCGGCGCGGCGCCGCGGGGGGAAGGGACGCCGGUGGCGGCCGGAGCCGCCGGAGCGGUCGGGGCGGGCCCUGUCGGGGGCCGAGGCCGAGACCUCCACCGGCACCUCCGAAGGCUCCCUCGACCGGCCCCGGCCCAGCCAGAUCCUCAAGGCCGCCCUGCCCAAGCAGAAGAGCAUCCUCCAGGAGAAGCUGACCGUCCUCGCCAUCCAGAUCGGGAAGUUCGGCUUCCUCAUGGCCAGCGUCACCGUCCUCACCCUCGUCGUCUCCUUCGCCGUCAACGUCUUCGCCAAGGGGAGGCGGCCUUGGAUCGCCCGGUGCCUCCCCGCCUACUUCGCCUACCUGGUCAAGUUCUUCAUCAUCGGCGUCACCGUCCUGGUGGUGGCCGUGCCCGAGGGCCUCCCGCUCGCCGUCACCAUCUCCCUGGCCUACUCCGUCAAGAAGAUGAUGAAGGACAACAACCUGGUGCGGCACCUGGAUGCCUGCGAGACCAUGGGCAACGCCACCGUCAUCUGCUCCGAUAAAACCGGGACGCUGACCUUGAACCGGAUGACCGUCGUCCAGGCUUACAUCGGGGACACCUACUACAAGCAGGUUCCCAAACCCGGCUCCAUCUCCAGCGUCACCUUGAACUACCUCCUCGUGGCCAUCUCCGUCAACUGCUCCUACUCCUCCGACGUGCUGCCCCCGCAGCCCGGGGACAGGCACCCCCAGCAGGUGGGCAACAAGACCGAAUGCGCCCUCCUGGGCUUCCUCAUGCACUUAAACCUGGACUUCCAGGAGGAGCGGAGGAAAACGCCCCAGGAGAGUCUCUUCAAGGUCUACACCUUCAACUCCGACAGGAAGUCCAUGAGCACCGUCCUCAAGCGUUCCGACGGGAGCUUCCAGAUUUACAGUAAGGGGGCCUCGGAGCUCAUGCUCGCCAAGUGCACCAGGAUCCUCAGCGCCAACGGGGUGGACAAGGUGCUGACAAAGCAGGAGAGGGAACACAUCCUCAAGAGCAUCCUCGAACCCAUGGCCUGUGAGGGCCUCCGGACCAUGUGCCUGGCAUUCAGGGAGUUCCCCGUCUGCGGCCAGGAGCCCAACUGGGAGCGGGAGGAGGAAGUCGUCAGCGACCUCACCUGCAUCGCCCUGGUCGGCAUCGAGGAUCCCGUGAGGGAGGAGGUGCCGGACGCGAUAAGAAACUGCCAGAGGGCCGGGAUCACCGUCUGCAUGGUCACCGGGGACAACCUCGGCACCGCGCGGGCCAUCGCCCUGAAGUGCGGGAUUCUGCACCCCCAGGAAAAUUUCCUCUGCAUGGAGAGCACCGAGUUCAACAGGCUGAUCCGGAACGCCGAGGGCGAAGUCGACCAAGAGCGUUUCGACAGGAUUUGGCCGCGGCUCCGCGUGCUGGCGAGGUCCAGCCCGUCGGACAAAUACAACCUGGUCCAAGGGAUCAUCGAGAGCCGCGCCCUGGGACAGAGGCAGGUGGUGGCCGUGACCGGCGACGGCACCAACGACGGGCCGGCGCUGAAGAAGGCCGAUGUCGGGUUCGCCAUGGGGAUCGCCGGGACGGACAUAGCCAAGGAGGCCUCGGACAUCAUCCUCACCGACGACAACUUCAUGAGCAUCGUGAAGGCCGUCAUGUGGGGCCGGAACGUGUACGACAGCAUCGCCAAGUUCCUUCAGUUCCAAAUGACGGUCAACGUCGUGGCCACCAUCGUGGCCUUCACGGGAGCGUGUAUCACCCAAGACUCGCCCCUCAAGGCGGUGCAGAUGCUCUGGGUCAACCUCAUCAUGGACUCUUUUGCCUCGCUCGCCCUGGCCACGGACCCCCCCACCGAAGCCCUCUUGCGCCGAAAACCUUACGGCAGGAAACAGCGGCUCCUCUCCAACGCGAUGAUCAGAAACAUCGUGGGCAGCGCCAUCUAUCAGAUCGUGGUCAUCUUUGGGCUCCUGUUCGCGGGGGAGAAAAUAUUCAACAUAGACAGUGGGAGGAACUCUGACCUGCACACCCCGCCUACCGUCCACUAUACCAUGGUCUUCAACACUUUUGUGAUGAUGCAGCUCUUCAACGAGAUCAACGCCCGCAAGGUGCACGAUGAAAGGAAUGUUUUCGAAGGCCUCCUCAACAACAGCAUCUUCUGCCUAGUCGUCGGGGGCACGUUCAUCGUGCAGUUUUUUAUCGUGCACUAUGGGGGGAAGGCUUUCGGGUGUACACAGCUCAGCCCAGAAAUGUGGCUCUGGUGCAUUUUCCUUGGAAUGGGAGUAUUGAUCUGGGGGCAGCUGGUAAUCUCUAUUCCCCACAGAUACGUGGGAAUCGUCAUCAAUUUCCUGGGGUGUCAUAAAGCCAGAGUGUCCUUUGAGGAGUCAAGUGCAAAAGUCAAGUUGAGUCCUAGCCAGAGUCUGUGGAUGAGGAGCGCCAGCAGAAUACAAACUCAGAGCAAGGUGAUAAGAGCGUUUCAGUCUUUAACCUAUGAAGACGUUUCCAUGGCCCAAAAGGUACGCCUGUCUUUGCAGUAAUAGGUUCGCCCGGCACGGUUCGGGGUACGCAUUUCCGUAAACUGAACAAUUCGAACAUCUCUUUCUCAUUAAAAUCUUGUUACCUCAACAGAAGUAGUCGUUUGUAAAUCCUGGUUAACGACCCGGAGAUGACGGCAUUUUUUUUUCCGGUUCCUCGCCCUAGAGCCUUUUGUGCUGUUCGAAGAGCGCCAUCUUUUUUUUUUCUUUUUUUCCUCCCUCUCAUUUAAAUCGAGGCAAAGUUUUAACAAUGUUUCCUCAUAUCGGUGGCUAACCAGUCCUGGACAGAGAAACAACCUGAUGAAAUAAUUUAACUCCGGAACGAUCGGACGCUUACUCCCCUUACAAAUUUUUUUAUUUCUUUUGCCUUGUUUUUGGUAAGCAACUGGGUUUAAAAAAACCAAAAAACUUAUGUAAUAAGUUCAUUAAUUUUGGCCUUUGAUGCCAACCUGCCUUAUUCAUAUUAUGAAUGAUACAAAAAAUGAUUCCAGGAUACGUAGAUUCUAGAAGCUAUACCGUUGGAAGAUGACAAACAUCCCUUUAAACGGUUACCAGAAAAGCAUGGGCCUCCAAAUCCUACUUUAUUUUCAAGAGCGGGAUAUUUUCUAAGGGGUACCGAUUUACUCCUUGUUACAUACUGCUAGAGAAUCGAUAGGUGUUUUUACAAGAAAUAGGCAACCCAAGCGUUUAAUCAAAAUGUAAGAAGCGGUGAUCUGAACAAUCAUAUAUAGCCUCAUUUCCUUAAGCAUGUUUACUCCUUAAAAUUAAUGUAAAAAUAAAAACUUCAAAAAUUCCA